CGCAGAAAUGUUAUCCGCAGAAGGUAUUUUUACAGCUAUUUACAAUUUCUAGCUAUAGUACAGUUUAUAAACUGUCUGUAUGGCCUGUGGAAGACACCUAUAGAUCUAUAUAGUCCUGUACCUCUCUACUCCACUGCUGUAUUCACAUGUGUGUGUAAGACUGUGUUGGGAUCUUGUAUUAAAGCUAAAAAGGAAAUUAUAAGCUUAUAUCCAUUAGUAUUGGAGAGAACAUGCACUGCACCUGGUUGGUGCUGCUACUGACCCUAGCUACUGUUACCAGGAGUGAGCACUAUCACAUUGUGCCAGUGGAUUCAACCGACUCGUGUAAUGACUAUCGAAAUGGAACUUGUUUCACUCUCGAGCAGCUUGUUCAAACAGACCUGUUGUCUGGUGGAGACAAUCUCACCUUGAGCUUUCUACCUGGAGAUAAUUUAUUGAGUGAAAUCCUUUACAUUUGUAAUUUCACAGAGGUGAUUAUUGCUGGCCAAAAUGCCACCAUCAGUUUGAACAAUUCUGGUAGAGUGCAGUUAUCUAAUAUCAGUGCAUUGAGUAUUGAAGGUUUGCAUUUCACUGGAGCAGGUGAUGAAAGUAGUUCAGGCUACAUGAACAUUUCUCAAUGCUAUUUGGUAGACUUGAAAUUGCUAAAGUUGGAAGCUUGUACACUCUGGAUCACUCGUACGGUAACUGUGACGAUUAAACAAGUUCUCUUUGUGAACAACACUAGCACUGACAGAGCAUUGAUGGUUGAAGCUGAUAAUGUGUACAUUGAAAAGAGUGACUUCUUCAGUAACGUUGGCGGUGCAGUGAACAUUGAAUCAAAUCAAACUGUUAUUAAUGGUUCAAGGUUCGAUUCUAAUACUGCUACAUAUGGUGGAGCAGUGUUUGUGGUCUCUGCAAAUGUGACUAUCAGUUGGAGCAACUUUACAAAUAAUAUCGCUAAUGUAAGAGGUGGAGCAAUUAGAUCUAUCGCCUACAAAAGUAACUUGUUCAUUUCCAACUGUGCGCUACUAAACAAUAGUGCUAUCCUUGACGACGGUGGAGCAAUUAACAUCUGGUUUGGGAGUGUCUCAAUCUCCGACAGUGAGCUAGCGUACAACAGUGCUGAAACAGCAGGUGGAGCGAUUUCGAUUUUGACUGGAGAGUUACUACUAUCCGAUAGCGAGCUAACAAACAACAAGGCAGCCUUUGGUGGAGCGAUUGCACUUUACAUGGGUGAUGCAUCUAUCUUGAGCUGUAAUAUAACGGACAAUGAAGCUGUAGUUGGUAAUGGAGGAACUAGCACUGGUGGAGCGAUUUUGGCAUUGAUUGGAACUAUAUCCAUCUCCAAAGUCGUGAUUAAAAAUAACAGUGCUGACGCUGGUGCAGUGUUUUAUGUUGUUGAUGGCACUGUGAUCAUUUUCGACUCUCUGCUCACAAACAACAGAGCCACCCAACAAGAUGGAGUGAUUGCGCUUCUUAUGUCAAGUUUGAUAAUUACUAAUACAAGCAUAUUUGACAAUUUAGAGGGUGAAAAUAUCAUUUACGCAGUGUAUUCUAACUUGUCAUUUACGGGAGUUAACACCGUUAGCAAUAAUAUAAACCCUGUGUAUGCUCUAAGCAGUCGAGUGGAGUUCAAUGGACCCACGACUCUCAGUAGCAAUCAUGGUGUGCAGGGUGGAGCCAUCAGAGCAGUCCAGAGUCAAAUCUAUAUCAAUGCAGAAGGAGUGGUCAUUUCUAACAAUACUGCUACUGUUGGAGGAGGUGUGUUUCUGAGAGAGAGCACACUCUUUGUUCACUAUCCCAUAGAGAUUUCUCAUAACACAGCACAAAAUGGUGGUGGGAUUUAUGCAUACUCAAGCGAAAUCGAAUUUGAUUCAAAGGUCACUACUGGGUGUAUAUUUAAUCAUCAGUUUGUCCUGUGUACAUGUAAUUCCAUGGAACCUGUACUGUUUGUGAGUAUUAUACAUCGAAAUGAUGCUCAAAAUGGAGGAGGUAUUUAUGCAGUCGCUUCAAACAUUAAGGCCUUUUCUCACGCUCACAUCCACAUCAAGUCAAACUCAGCAAACAAUAGCGGAGGUGGAAUUUAUUUACGACAAAGUUCUAAGAUAUAUAUUCUGAAACGGGACUUGGAGCUAGAGCUUGGUAAAACGCUGGUCAUACUAGAAAUCUACAGUAACACGGCUCAAUAUGGAGGGGGGAUAUUUGUGGCAGACAGUACUGAGAGUGGUGUGUGUAGAGGAGAGGAUGUAACUACUGCAGGAGAUCUGACACAAACAGAAUGCUUCAUUCAAACUCUAGAUCUCUAUGGUUAUUAUAACAAUUCUAUUAAGGAUGUGAUACCUUUGCUCGAAGUUUUGACUGGAUUUAAUGAAGAAGUUAAGUGUUAUAAGAGUGCAAUCAAUUAUCGCAACACUUUUUUGACAAACAACACAGCUUCCCAGUCAGGAGCAGAUAUUUACGGAGGUCUACUAGACAGGUGUACGGUGGAUGUAUCAGCCGAACUCUCUUCAUCAGACAAUGGAUUUGAGUACUUGAACAAUACUGUGUGUUAUUCAUCAAUAGCUUCAAAGGCUGUCAGAGUGAAGUUGUGUAACACCACCAAGCAGACCAUUUCAGUUAGAAAAGGACAAGCAUUCACAAUAAGUGUUAUGGCUGUAGACCAAGUUGGAAAUCCAAUGAAUAAAGCCAUAAUUCACAGUUCUGUUAUAACUGAGAGCAGUAGAGUUGAUCGUCUUAAAGAAGGACAAGCACAGCAAGAAGUUGGCAAUCAGUGCACAGAAUUAGAGUACAAUGUAUUCUCACAAGACAGCUCUGCUCAAUUGGAACUCUAUGCUGAUGGUCCAUGCAACAAUUUGGGAAUUUCAAGACAAAUUCUAAACAUAUCUUUUCUAAAGUGUGAAUGCCCUAUUGGACUCAAGCCAAUCAUGUCCUCAAUUGAGUGCAAGUGUGACUGUGAUCCAGUGUUGCAACAAGAAUAUCAUAUAACAAACUGUUCUGAAAAAAAUGGUACCAUAAAAUUGGAAAGCAAUAACAACAUAUGGAUAGGAGUGACUAAUACCACUAACGGAAGUGGGUAUGUUGUUAGUAACUGUACAUUUGACUAUUGUGUACUAAAACCAGUCAACAUCAGUCUAAGCAACCCUGACGAACAAUGUGCCCACAAUCGAAGUGGUGUCUUGUGUGGAGAAUGUGAACCAGGACUCAGUCUUGUGUUAGGUACUUCACGAUGUGAACUCUGCUCAAACUCUUACCUUCUCCUGCUACUCCCGUUUGCCCUGGCAGGCAUAGUACUAGUCGCAUUCAUUCUCGUUUUCAACAUUACCGUAGCAACAGGCACUAUCCAUGGGCUGAUCUUCUACACUAAUAUAUUAGCUGCAAAUCAGUCGAUUUUCGUACCUUUUCAUAACCCUUUGACAGUUUUCAUAUCGUGGGUGAAUCUUGACUUAGGUAUUGAGACAUGCUUUUAUGAUAGAAUGAACUCUCAAGCAAAAGUGCUCCUUCAGAUUGUCUUUCCUGCUUACCUGUUUCUUCUGAUGUUCUUAAUAAUCAUUUUGAGCAAGUACUCUGACUCAUUUGCAAAGCUCCUCUCCAACAGGAACCCAGUUGCUGCCCUAGGCACACUCGUCCUACUCUCUUAUUCCAAACUCUUGCGGUUUAUCAUUGCUGCACUGCAACACAGGGUCUUGGAUUAUCCUGAGGGCGCAACCAAGGUGUUGGAUUUUCCCAACAAUUCAAGUGAUAUAGUUUGGAUGUAUGACGGCAAUGAGCAAUAUUUCACUCCCGGUCACGUCCCUCGGUUUGUUUUUGCCGCCAUAAUCCUCACUUCUGGUAUAUUGUUCACUGUAGUGCUCUUCUUUGGACAAUGGCUUCCUCGCUGUUCAAAAUGGAAGCUCAUGAAAUGGACUAAGAACACAUACUACAAUGGCUUCAUGGAUGCAUACCAUGCUCCAUUCACUCCCAAGCAUCGCUACUGGGUGGGACUGCUCCUAUUUUCUUUGAUCGCUCAUAAUCUAAUAACAACCUUGGCUUUGGACACUUCUCUCCCCGUACUAUCAGCUGGAUCUAUAACUGUUGGACUGAUUGUUUUCAAAUUGCAGAAUUAUCCAGUGUACAAAAUACGAUUCAAUGAUUUACUGGAAACACUCUUUUUCCUCAAUCUUGCAAUUCUAGCGUAUGGCACCCUCUACAUAGGAAACAUCAAUGAGAGUCAAGUCAUAAUAUCCAACAUUUCAAUGGCAGUGGCUUUUAUUUUGUUUGUGGUGAUAGUCUGCUACCAUUGUUACGAGUACAUGUUGAAAACAGUUCCUGUUCUGCAAAACUCACUCAAACUGAGAAAAAGGAUUCCACGAGUUCGCAAACUGGAAAGGUACGAAAUGGAGAACAAUGAAACCUGGACAAACGCAGACAGAUGUGAUCCGUACACUGACGGAGCCAUGGAAGAAGCUUACCCUGAUCGUUACAUCACUCCUCCCAUCAUCCGACCAGCCACGAGGCCAGACCAGCUGAGAGAGCCUGCCCUGGACGUGCUAGCCCCCCUCACCAUAGAGGACUACAGACCAGCCCCUCCCCCUCCUCAAGCUACAGCUGACAAUGCACCCAAAGUCACGCACACUGUCAUCGAUGUCGUGAAACAGUAAACAGUAUAAACAAAAAAUUACUGUUAUAGCUUGUUUUCAUUGUUUAUUGUGAGCCUGCAUGCAUGCACAAUUAUAUUCAUCGAUUUGUUGUGGACUAUGUAGAUUCAGUUUGUAAUGACUUUGCUAGUAGCUAGUUAAUCACUUCAUUAGUCAUUUCCUGUACUCCUGCAUGUGUGUACUGUUUGCACAUGCAUGGGUUCCUGGCUGAUACUAUUACUUCUUUUAUAUACUUCUCUUUAUUGCUUGUGCUCUAGUAUAGCCAGGGCCUGCUCCUAGCAGCGCCCUCUGUGUAAUUUUAUGGGAGCCUCUGCUCCACUGUCUUUGUUGUAGUUAGUAUUUACAGUCUAUGUUAUUGUUUUGUGCAUAUGUUAGUUGAUCUAGUUGAUCUAUGCAUGGUUGAAUCAAUCAUUAUCUUGAACCGCUGU